CCCCACCAUUCCAGCAUUAUCCCCUCAAUUCUAUCAUAGCUCCACUUCGGUGUUCGCCAUACUGCGGCGGGAUGCGUGCAUGCCUAAACACUGUCGCGUGCUGAUGUCCGGGAUAUCGCGUUUGGCGGCUAUCGAUAACCCGGCAUCCCCACAAUCGUCAUGGGCUCCCGAGAUAAAUUUACAGUGCACGCUCUCCCCCUUCCUCAACAACUCAUGAGGGCUACGGCCUUCCUCCCCUUCACAAUUCAACCUAGUCACUCAUUCCCCCUCCUCCCCCGCCCACCAAAUCACCGAAAAUGUCGACCUCAACAAAUACCUCCUUCACCUCCGCCCUCUUCUCCGGCGCCCUAGCAGGCACCACAGUCGACCUCUCCCUCUACCCCCUCGACACCCUUAAAACCCGUCUCCAAUCCCCCCUCGGCUUCCGCGCCGCCGGCGGCUUCCACGGCAUCUACGCCGGCGUCGGCUCCGCCAUCGUCGGCUCCGCCCCCGGCGCAUCCCUCUUCUUCGUAACCUACGAAAACACCAAAUCCUUCCUCUCCUCGCGGCGCAUCGCGCGCGACGCCCUCGACCCCGCCUCCCCCGCAGCACACGAAUGGGAAGCCCCGAUGGAACACAUGAUGGCCGCGUCGCUGGGCGAGAUCGCCGCAUGCGCAGUCCGCGUGCCGACGGAGGUGGUGAAGCAGCGCACGCAGGCGCGGCAGUUCCCGUCGUCGCUGGCGGCGCUGUCGUCGAUUCUGAGCCAGCGCGCGGCCAUUGGGGUGCCGGGUGUGUGGAGGGAGUUGUAUCGCGGGUGGAGUAUUACGAUUUUCCGCGAGGUGCCGUUUACGGUUAUCCAGUUCCCGUUGUGGGAGGCGAUGAAGAAGUGGAGGUUGAGGACUACGGGGAGGGAUGGGGGGAGGGGGAAGAUUAGGGCGUGGGAGAGUGGGUUGGCGGGGAGUAUGGCGGGGGCGACGGCGGCGGGGAUUACGACGCCGUUGGAUGUGCUGAAGACGAGGAUGAUGCUGGCGAAGGAGAAGACGGGGAUGUUUGUCCUGGCGAGGCAGAUAUUGAGAGACGGUGGACCCAUGGCCUUCUUUUCUGGGAUCGGGCCAAGGGUUAUGUGGAUUAGCAUUGGAGGCGCUAUCUUCUUGGGAAGCUACCAGUGGGCAUAUAAUGCGUUGGAAGGGAAGGCAGUACAAAAGCGAGAGGAGGCGAUAUGAGAAUCAGGUGGGAUAUGUGUAUAGUUGUAUCAUUAUUGGGCGGGAAUGCAUAUAGAUGGCGCAAGCAAUGAUAGGAAUAGCAUUGAGGUGAUAGUCAUUACACGUCCCGCGUCUUUGGCAUAUAGACAUGAUAAGUAGCUCUCCCCAAGAUCAGGGAGCUAGAACAGGAUACACGCCUCUCAAGGCUCU